GCUAGAGAGAGAGAGAGAAAGGUGGAAAUGGAGAUGGAGGUUGAGAAGAUCAAUAUAUCAGCUGAGGCACAUCCCAUGACYGGAGGAGACGGCCUUUAUAGCUACACGAAAAAUUCCGAUUAUCAGAGAUCAGUUAUACAUGCUUCCAGAGAAAUGAUUUGCGAGGAAAUCUCCAAGAAACUUGACAUCAAACCCAUCUCUUCUACUUCCUACCCAUUUCGUAUUGCAGAUUUGGGCUGUUCGGUUGGACCCAAUACAUUUUUUGCGGUGCAGAACAUAAUUGCAGCCGUAGAGAACAAGCUCCAAAUUGAAGGCCUAAGUAGUUCUGGCAUCCCAGAAUUUCACGUCUUCUUCAACGAUCAUGUCUCGAAUGAUUUCAACACACUCUUCGCCUCCCUCCCUGCCGACAGGCGAUACUUCAUGGCCGGUGUUCCGGGGUCUUUCUAUGGUCGCUUGUUUCCUGAAGGCUCUCUCGAUUUUGUGCACUCCUCUUAUGCACUCCAAUGGCUCUCUAUGGUGCCAAAAGAGGUGACCGACAAAAACUCUCCUGCAUAUAACAAAGGGAAGAUCUAUUACGCAAGUGCCUCAGAGGAAGUAAUUCAGGCUUAUUCAACCCAGUUCUCCAAGGACAUAGGGACCUUUUUGUCUGCUAGAGCAAAGGAGAUUGUCUGUGGUGGGAUGAUGGUCCUUAUCAUGCCAGCAAUUCCAAAUGGGACCCCUGUUUCUGAGUCCACUGGUGGCAUUUUGUAUGAUCUUCUAGGCUCCUGCUUCAUGGAUAUGGCAAAGAUGGGAUUAACUGAUGAAGCCAAAGUAGACUCCUUCAACCUACCCAUGUAUUUGGUAUCUCCCCGGGAGAUUGAGGAUCUGGUAGAGAGAAAUGGUUAUUUCAGCAUUGAGAGACUGGAGCAGAUUACCAACUUAACAACGCCUGAUGUGCAAACAGGUACCAUGCACUUAAGAGCUGCCAUGCAGGGAAUCAUCGRGAAACACUUCGGAAGUGAGAUCAUAGACCAACUGUUCGACCGGUUCUCUGAGAAACUUGCUGAUCAGUCUUCCUAUAUUUUCAAUGCAAGGCAUGAGAGAGUGACUCAAUUGCUUGUCGUUCUCAAGCGCAAGCUGACUGAUUAAAUGAUGCCGAGGCCCCAUAUCUUUAUUGAAUUGUGUAGGAAUUAAGCUGGUACCGUAGAAUUGUUCAACACAUAAUGCAUGCAGAUGAGUCAUGGAUAUUUUUUUAAUUUA